AUGAGUUCAAGACAGAAGCCUUCCAGCGCGACGGCCUGCAGAGCAGUGCGAUCAGCGGGACACUUCCAGCCUCAGCUAACACCUCCACUUCCAGCCAAAGCCACCACCUCCACUCUCAGCCUCAGCCAAAACCUUCACUUCCAGCCUCAGACGCCACCUCCACUUCCAGCCUCAGCUAACACCUUCACUUCCAGCCAAAGCCACCACCUUCACUUCCAGCCUAAGCCACUACCUCAACUUCCAUCUUCAGCCAAAACCUCCACUUCCAGCCACAACUUCCACUUAAAGCCACAACCUCCACUUCCAUCCACAACCUCCACUUCCAUCCACAACUUCCACUUAAAGCCACAACCUCCACUUCCAGCCAAAACCUCCACUUCCAUCCACAACCUCCACUUCCAGCCACAACCUCCACUUCCAUCCACAACCUCCACUUCAAGCUACAACCUCCACUUCCAGCCAAAACCUCCACUUCCAUCCACAACCUCCANGCCAGGCGUACUUGGUGCCCCAGUAGUUGUAGCCUAUAGAUGUGGACAACAAGAACUUAUCAGCCAGGCAUACAUGGUGCCCCAGUAG